AUGAAGUCAUGUCCUUUCUUGUGCUUUGUACAAUCAUUUGGUGACUUCAUUCCACACUUGUCAAGCAAGACCACACAUCUGCGCAGCCUAACAAAGAAACACAAAGAAUUUAGGUGGUCAUCACAAUGCAACAAAGAAUUCAAAGCUCUAAAACAAUCUUUGCAAGCAGACACAGAGCUAAGAUAUUUUGACAUAAAUUCCUUAACCUUCGUGUUCGUGGAUGCCCAUACAUCUGGCAUCUCAGCUAUCCUCGCCCAAGGAAAAAGCAUCCAGGAAUCCAAAGCAGUAGCGUUUGCAAGCCGUGCAACUAAGCCGGAAGAACAACGCUACCCUCAACUCGAUCUCGAAGCACUAGCUGUUGAUUUUGCUUUGCGACGAUUUCGCAACUAUAUCGCUGGAGGCCCACCAGUGAAAAUCAUCACAGACCAUAAGCCACUGGUCAGCAUUUUUAGCAAUUCGCGCAAAGGCUCAAUCAGAACCGACAGAAUCAAAAUGAGACAUCAAGACAUACUGUACGAAGUUCAAUGGGAGCCAGGCAAGCACAAUCCAGCAGAUUAUCUCUCACGACACUCAACUCCCUUCCAUGAAACACCCGAAGAGUGCAGAAAGAGGCUGGAGAGCUUGAAAGGACUGUAUACUGGCUUCAGUACGGGCCUUACAUCGAAGCAAUAUCUAUGUCAACCAUCGCGCAAGAGACGAGCAAAGAUAGAGUUUUGCGGAAGCUGA